AUGUCAAAGCAUAAAUUCCCGUCACCCCCGCCUGUGGUCAAAAAAUCCACUGGUGACGCCCGCAAUUCUGCUACACAACCAAAUACCUCGGUCAUUUCCGUUAAUACAUCGAUCAAUGCUGACACAAACCCAGACACCUUAGUAUCGUGGAUCGAUAGUUUAAAAGCAAGAGUCAAUGACACAUUAACACAACAAACAUCGGAAUUGCAGCAGCUCCGAAUAUCUGCAAAGCAGGAGGAGCUUCGUCUGAGGUAUCGUUCACAUGUUUUUCUGGAACCUUUCGAUAAAUUGGGAGUGUACUUGGAACAAGAAGCACACAAACAGCAGCGGACUGAAUUGGCUGUUAAUGAUGAGAAGGAAGCGCUGCCAUUUAUCGAAGAGGAAGAAACUGCACUUGUUAAAGAGUAUGAAUAUUCGCCGUAUCCUGAAGAAGCGCCUGAACUGGAAUAUCAGAAUGAACAGGACGAUAGUGAUGUGAUUGAGAUAAUUUCAGACGAGGAAGAUGGAGAAGACGAUGCAAAAGAGCAAUAUGCGGAGUCCGAAAGCGACUUAGAAAUUGAGAAUUCUCAGGAAAUAGAGAAUUAUGAUGAUAAUGUGGAUUACGAUGAUAACGUUGAAUAUGAUGAGAAUGUUGAUUACGAUGAAUUUGAGAUUGAAGACCAUAACGACAAUGACGAUGAGACCGCAAAUGUUGGCAAGAUUAUCCGGUAUGAGGAGCUGGACGAUGUCCAAGAUGAGCCUCAAGAAGAGUAUCCAGAAUACCUGGAUGAAUUCGAAGGUUUUGAAGAGGAACAACAGUCACUGGCCAGUCGCUCGGUAGUUUCCGAUGACGAGCUAGAAGCCUAUUCAAGUCUGCGUCCAAAGCCAAGUUUUCAAUUGAAGGAUGGUAGGCCGCGACUUAGCGACAUGUCGUCGUACAAUUACUUUCAACAGGACACUAAUGAAUAUCUGGAAGAUGAUGCGGAGGAGAAUCUGGCUAAAGAAGAAGAGAAUGAAGAGAUUGGUAAGGAGGAGGUAGCUAGUGAAGAGAAUGAAGAUGACCAGGAGGAAGAAGAGCGCUCUCCACAAAGCCAGAUUCAACCCGCACCUGAGGAUGAAGUUGAUUCAAUCAUAAUUCUUUCGAGUGGAGAAGAGGAUGCUACAGAUUCUGAAGAUCAACCGAUAGUGGAAACACAGUACUACAGUGAAGGUAGGGAUGAUGACUCUGAAGAGAUGGUACAUUCCGAAAUGGAAAGCUCCGAAGUGGAGAAUUUUGCAAAUCACUCUCAAGAAACUGAGGGAAGCGGCACAACUGAAUCGAGCAAACAUUUACAGUCACACAUUGCAGAGUCAAGCGGCGUUGAGUCCGAUGCUGAGCAAGAUUUGCCAAACGAGUCAAAUUCGAAAGACUUGGCCACUUAUGAUGACGAGUAUAGUGCAAUUCACGAGGUUGCAGACGAAAACAACUUGUUCGCGAAUAUAGCCCAGGAAGCACUAGUGGAAGAACAUAUCCCCUUGGGCACCAAAAUCAAUAGUGACUAUCUUGCUGAUGUUGAGUCUGAUGAACCACCGAAGCCAGUUGUUUCGAGCGAAGCCGGCCCUAUUCUGGAAAACGAAGCAAAACUUCACGUAGAGGAGAAAACUUCCCUGAACAUGGAAAACAAAACAGAAGUCCCCAACUUUGACUCCGCAAACCUGUCUUCACAAUUUGAUUUAGGUACACUGUCUGGGCCUAAGAACGAAGAUGAAGACGCAAGCGAAGGAUCUCUUGCUGACGCAGAAAGUGACUUCCGAAAAAUGGAUGAUAUUCCAGAGGAAAAUAUUCCUCAUCCAAGCUUGAAGUUCCCGAUAUUCAAAACCAUAAAGUCAGAGUCACUGGAGGAAGUGUUGAAAAAGUUAGAGGAGACUGAGCAAAAGUUCCACAUCAAGUUGCACGCUGUGGAAGAACUUAAGAGUGAGCUUGGUAUCUCAGAGGAGCCUGAGGAAGUCACAAAUGUGAGUGAUGUGCUCUCUGGUCAUCCAACUGAGCCAAAUAGGCUAGAUGCGUACUCUGCUGCUGAUCAGUCGCAUGCAACUACUUUUCACGAUGCUCUCCUGCUAGAUUCUCUGGCCAUGGAAGAUUUGGAACAUAUUCCAAGUGAGUUGACGCAUAGUGUACUUGCAGAUCUUGAGUCCGAUGCAAGUUUAGAUGCCAUCGUGAAUGAGGCCUUACUGACACAUAUUCCUGAAUUAGAUAAUGCAUCCAUAGAUGCGAUUCUUGGUGGAUCUGAACUUCCUCGUGUUGAGGAUGAGCCAGUUCAAGAAUCAGAAGAUAUGGAAAUGGAAAAUUCUGAGCAAGUCGAAGCAGUGGAGCUGGUGGAACACCUAUGGGAAGAAGAAGCAAUUGACCAGAUACCUGAAGAAAGUCUGCCUUUAUCGGAAACAGAAGAGGGUUUAGUUUUAUUGCAUGAAACUGCUGAACCAGGUGAGGCACUGCCACUGGCAGGUAGUACUACCCCUCCUCCAGAGUCUAGUUCUGAAUUGGAAGUUGGAGCAGACGUUUUGCAAGUUGUGUCAAAUUUCAAAUCUGACUUACGAGCUAUUGAAGUUCCAACAUUGGAUGAAUUUGCAGGCGCCACUGAUUAUUCAAUCGAGGAAAUUGGUGAUGGGUCUGAAAUCACAGAGAAAUCCGCUGAAAUCGAAGAUGACGAAUUUAUCCUUGAAGAUGACGACAAGAUGUCAGAGUCAGAAGAUGUUCCUGCGGGAGAAGAUCUCAUUUCUGAAGUUGAAGGUGAUGCUGAGAACGUUGAUCUCGACGCUGGAAGUGCUGAAGAGGAGACUGAAACUGUAACUAAAACCGAAGCACAAGCCGAUUCUAAAGAUUGCCAAGUGCUUCCACAAGAAGAAGCUAUGAUUGAACUGACUGUUUCUCAACCCGAUAUUGAGCAGGUUGCUGGUGAAGAGGAGACAACUCCAGAAAUCGAAGAGAUCUCUAGUUCUGACGAAGUUGUUGCAGAAAAUGUUAUGCAGAAUGUUGGACCUCUCGGAAUUGGAUCCGAUUUGGAUGAGUCUUCUGUGAGAGGCGAAGAGUUGUCUGACUUUAAGAAUGCUUCAUUUGUGCCAAACGAUUUCCAUAUUCCUCGGUAUGAAAAGCCUUCAUUACCUGUCCUUGAGAGAAUUGACUCUUUUUCAGAUGAAGGUGUGGAUGUGAUUGAACCUAAAUCUCCCGAUGAGGUCAUUGUUGAGUAUGACGAGUUCGCGGUUGUUGAAGCCGAAGCCACAACACCUACCUCCAUCGAAGAACCUACGAUAUCCGCUCCAGAAGAAACGAUUCCUGUUGCGGUUAUCGCGACGGAGGUCCUGCUCGACACGACAGCCGAUGUCGAAACUCCAACAAAUAUUGUCGAGCCUACUGAAGUUGAGGAAGAAAUUCUUGUUGAAGUCUUUGAUGAUAAUUCAGAUGUGGUAACUCCCUCUGCUAUUUUGGAAUUGGAGUCGAUGCGCAAUACUCCAGUUCCUGUUUUUUCCCAUGCUAUUUCAGUAGAGGAAAUUCGUGAGCCCCAACAACCAUUGUCCAAAAAACGAAAGAUUGACGGCGAUGAGCGAUCUUCCUUCAAGAGAAUCAAGACCGCAUGGACCCGUCUAAAUCCACUUAACUGGUUCGGUUUAAAGGACAAGCAGGAGGAGUCUGAUGAGGAGCAACCACAGACGGUGAACAAUCACGGACAAGCUGAAUAUUCUGACGAUCUGAGAGGCUUUCAACGUUCCCAAAACAAUGAAGACAGGAAUGAGAACGAGAGUGAAAAUAUCGAUCCAGAGGCGGCCGUGGAAGUUGAUGAAGAUCAUGAUAAUGCUUUAGAAAUUUUGAGGGAACUGGCUAUUGAGGUUGUUGAAGCGAUUUCUGAUGAUAUGUCUGCGGUUGUUGAUGGGGAUGAUGAGAAUGGGGGUGAUCAGAAGAAUCAAGCUCUUCUGGAAGCAAUCGAGCACGUUAAAGAAGCCGCUCACGAAACUUUUGAAGCAAUCUCGGAAGACAUUUAUGCACCUGUAGAGGGUGAAGAUUCGGAAGAAAUAACUGUUGGCGAAAGUCUAAGGGAUCUUGGGGAAUCUGUUGGAGAAACCCUUGAUAAUUUGAAAGAGGCUGGCCAUGGAGUUAUUGAAGCAUUAUCUGAAGACAUUACUGCACCUGUUGAGGGUGAAGUGGUAGAUAAGGAGGGAGCAAAUGAUCAUAUACAUGAUGGUGGUAGUGAAAGUUUCGGAGAAACUAUUGAUCACAUGAAAGCAGCUGGCGAAGAAGUUAUUCAUGCAAUAAGCGAAGAGAUCUCUGCACCCGUUGAGGGUGAAGAAGUGGAAAAGGCUGCCGAUGAAACUCAAGAGGAAAGUUCGGAAACCCUCGAACAAACGCUUGAUCAUAUGAUAGAAGCUGGUAUUGAAGUGAUCGAGACAAUAUCUGAAGGUAUUUCUGCACCUAUUGAAGGCGAUGAAGUGGAGAAAGAUGAUGAAAGGCACGUUGGUGUGUCCGGAAACAUUAUAGAAACGAUUCACUACUUAGAGGAGGCAGGUAAGGAAUUAACUGAUGCAAUUUCUGAAAGCAUCUCGGCACCUGUCGAAGGUGAAGAAGUAAACAAGACUGAGGAACUUGAAGAUACGCAUAUUGAUAUUGCCGAGUCGCUCCUGGAAACAAUGACUAUCGUGGAUGAAGCAAGCAAACAAUUCGUGGAUGCCAUUUCCGAAGACAUUUCUGCACCUUUUGAGAAUGAGGAAACAAGAAACGUCUUGGAAUUGGAGAGUGCAAAAGAAGAUGCUGGUACUGAUAUGCAUACCCAUGUAGGGAAGCAUUUCCUGGAAUCUAUCAGUCGCAUGAAGCAAGCCGGAAAAGAGUUGGUUGACGCUGUUUCCGAGGAGAUUUCUGCACCUGUCGAGAAUGAGAUUGUGGAUAAUGAAUUUCAAAAAGAAAACGAAUCCAAUGAGUCCUUCCUGGAAACAGUAGAUCAGGUCAAGAGAGCAGCCCAAGCAGUUGUUGAGGCUGUCUCUGAGGAGAUUUCUGCCCCUCUCUCCGAUCAAGAGGAUUAUGCAAGUGCAGAGGAUGAGGAUGCUCACACAGCUAAAGAAGAAACACACGUUGGUGCGACGAGAGAGUUUCUCGACAAUUUAAAAGGUGCUGCGAAAGGUGUAUAUGACGAGCUUAACGAAGAUCUUUCUGUUGCUGUUUCCAGUAGCGACCUCACGAAAGAUGGAACUUCUGCUGGCGAGGCUAAUCAAGAUUAUGAAACAGACAAAAAGGCUGAUUUAAGCUUUUCUGAGACCUUGAGCAACAUCAAGAAAGCUGCAGAGGAAGUUGUGGCUGCAAUCUCAGAAGACAUUUUGGAACCUGUCGCUGACAACAUAGCAGAGAACGAAACUGGUAACAUAGAUGCUGCAUUGUUAUCGCCAAUCCUUGACGUCCCAAGUGAUAAUUCCGCUUUUAAAGUUCCUACUACUGCCGAUGAUGAUACGACUACAACAGGGCCUAGCAUUCCUCCAGUUCCCGUGUUUAAUUUGAUUUCUCCACUGGUUGAGAGUUUGGUGUCUACCAAAAAAUCUUCAGAAGUACCUGAAAUCCUCGAAGAGGCAACUGAUGUUCACUUGGACAACAAUAAAUCUUCGAAGGUUACAGGAACAAAAGUCUCGGACUCAAAAGUUCAGGUUUUGAUGGAUAUGUUCAAAAAGAAAGCCGAAGCCUUGAUUGAGAAACACGAGCAUGAAGAUCCCGAUGUAGAAAAGCCUGUUGCCCUGGAAUCAGAGGAUUUGAAAACUGAGCAAAUAUCGAGGAAACAGGAGGAUCACGAGCAAUCAGAAGAUUCAAUGACUGAUAUCUCUGAUAAUGAAGAAACUACUGCAGAGAAAGCGAUACGGACGAAAGUUCAGCCAGCUUCAAGGAAACGUUCUCAGCGGAAACGGAAAGUAAUGGGCAUUGACAUUGGUUCCGAUGUUGAUCUUACACAUAGGCGAGCCUUGAGAAGUGGAGCUACUGCGGACGAACAGGAAGAUAACACGGACAUCCUGACUGACAAAACUGAAUCACUUGGUGAAGUAAAGAAAGAGCAGGAGUUCACUUCCAUUGAGACUAAAGGUAAUACUAAACCCCGCAGAAAACUCAAGCUCGAGGCCCCUGAAGUUAAAAGUGACGAAUCUAAAGUAUUGUCACGAACCGAUCUUUUAUCACCAACCCAAGAGGUGGAAACUGGAUCACCUCGCAAAUCAAAGAUAGUUUCCUCAAAGCCACUUGAGCUCCCAAAGAAAAGAGGAAGAGGAAGACCCCCUAAGAAGUCGAAGCGAAAUCGAGCUACAUCAUCCGCAUUGGAAGUUGGCGGGACCGACUCCAGAACGCCCAGUGGAAAACUAGAUCCAAGUCUGUUGGAUCACCCAGCUCUCCGGACGAGGUCUAAGUCGCCUAUUAAAAGAACGAUCCAAGAGCUAUCGUUGGAGAUCGACGAAGACCAACCCAGAAAAAAGCGAGUUACCAGAAGUGCAGUUCAGAAGAGAAUCGAAGAAGUUGAGGCGAAGAAGGAAGAACAAGGUCAUGAUAAAGACCACGAACAAAACCGUCGUGGACGCACACGUGAACGACACUAA